AUGGCAAUGGUAGUAAACCAGUGGCCAGACAACAUCUCUGGAGAUCCUGCGUCUCAGCUCCAGAUUUGCAGCCAGGAGCCCGGCGGAGCACCAGGGACGCCCAACGGUUCCACCUCGGGGAAUGACGCGCUUUCCGGUGACAAGAUCCCCAACGUGGACUGCAUGGUGUGCGGGGACAAGUCCAGCGGGAAGCACUACGGUCAGUUCACCUGCGAGGGGUGCAAAAGCUUCUUUAAGCGCUCGGUGAGACGGAACCUCACUUACACCUGCCGGGGAAACCGAGACUGCCCCAUCGACCAGCACCACCGGAACCAGUGCCAGUACUGCCGGCUGAAGAAGUGUCUCAAAGUGGGCAUGAGGAGAGAAGCUGUACAACGAGGACGCACAUCAAACUCACAGAGCAGCCCGGGACAGUACCUGACCAAUGGCAAUGACCCAUACAGCAGCCAACCCUACCUAUCUGGUUUCAUUUCUCUAUUGCUGCGUGCCGAGCCCUACCCCACAUCACGUUAUGGUGCCCAGUGCAUGCAGGGAAAUAAUCUGAUGGGUAUUGAGAACAUCUGCGAGCUGGCAGCCAGGCUGCUGUUCAGCGCUGUUGAGUGGGCCAAGAACAUCCCUUUCUUCCCUGAUCUGCAGCUCAUGGAUCAGGUGGCACUGCUUCGUAUGUCAUGGAGUGAACUUUUUGUCCUGAAUGCCGCUCAAUGUUCCAUGCCGCUUCACGUGGCACCGCUGUUGGCAGCGGCUGGCUUGCACGCAUCACCGAUGUCAGCAGAGCGUGUGGUGGCCUUCAUGGACCACAUCCGAGUCUUCCAGGAGCAGGUGGAGAAGCUGAAGGCCCUGCAGGUCGACACAGCCGAGUACUCAUGCCUGAAGUCCAUCGUCCUCUUCACAUCCGAUGCAAUGGGGCUGUCAGAUGUGGCCCAUGUGGAGAGCAUCCAGGAGAAGUCCCAGUGUGCUCUGGAGGAGUAUGUAAGGAAUCAGUACCCUAGCCAGCCAAACCGUUUUGGCCGCCUCCUCUUACGCCUGCCAUCACUGCGCAUCGUAUCCUCUCCAGUCAUCGAGCAACUGUUUUUUGUGCGUCUAGUGGGCAAGACGCCUAUUGAGACACUGCUUCGUGACAUGUUACUGUCUGGCUCGAGCUACAACUGGCCCUACAUGCCCACUGUGCAGCGGGAGCGACCCAUCUCCCUCCACUACAACGAGAAUGGACCUUGAAAAUGAAAAGAUGUCAGGCUGAACACCCAUUUAACUUUCAUCCAUACAUACUUUUUUCACUUUAUUCUCUGCAUUCAAGUUCACAGCUUUCCCUGAGAAAGCAUUUCUCUCUGCAUUCCAUUUGAAACCCAGAAAGAUGAUAUCUUAUAAUCCAGGUUAUACAAGGCAGCCAAACUUUCACCUUUUUUUCAAGGGGAUCAUGGACAAUGGAGAGACUCAGUGCUCCACUGCAGUCUGUGAUAUGACAGAACAGUCUGCCUUUGAGAUGUGGAACCAGAUGGACAUGUUGGUGGAACAGGUUAAUGCACAGUUCACCAGCAGGUCUGUUGGACUCAUUUAGAUGUCAGUCCCAAACCAUAAACUUGCUUUAUUGUUGGUGCUAUGCCUACACAUACAGAGAACCGCAGUAUGGCGAGUACUGAACAAGGGCUUUGCCAAUGGAACUCUAUAGUCGAGAGCAUACAGCCCAUGGUAAAUGUACCAAUCUUUGAAAGAAAACCAGAAGCCAUUAAAAAGAUAAAUGCCAAAAUAUCUUGGACUUUUGCAGAUGAUGUGUUUGAUUGUGUGUGUUUGUAUUAGCCCUGUUUAUAUGGAAAGGAAAGUCAUGAUUGUGUCCAUAUGUACAGUAUAUCUUUGAUUUAUAGGCCUCUAUAGCAUAAUAGUGUUCAAUGGGAAAAGCUCAGGUUCUGGGGUGGGCAGAAUGCCAAUAUGAAUACAAAAACAAAAGCUGAAACCCGUAUUAACAAUGAACAAAAUUUAUACUUAUAAUCAGCUGGUGCCAAAGUUGAAAAAUACAUAUUGUUUCACAUGAUUUUGUGGUAGCAUUGGUGAUUAAGGUUUGUUUGGUUUGGUUGUCUAUAAUUUGAUUAUAUCCAUGCAUUGUAUGACUAAAAGCGCAGGCACUUGCAUUAUAUACUAAACAAGACAUAAACAUAUUCAGUUGUACUUAAAAAUCACAGCACUGGUAGAUUUUUGCUACCCCUCUGCCAUUUGAUUUAUCUUUUUUUUAAUUCAAAUUCCCACUUUAUCUCGUGACAUGUUAUCACAGUAAUGACACAAUACAUUUACAUUAUUAUUUUCUAUACAUGCUUCCGUUCCUCUUUUAUGACCACAGAUGUUAGCUGUUGGCAGAGCACUGAACUUUUAGGACUGGGUAGUUAGGGUAGGGACGGGAUGUUUUACAAAACUGGCUGUACUUGCCUUAGAACAAAGAUUUUGUCACUGAGCAUUGAUUUUAUGACUGUGCCAUAAUCUCUUGUUACCUGUUAUAACAGGUAUUAUGUUUUCAUAAUGUCAUGCUAGCACAGAAAAUGAACUCGGACACUGUUGUUCAUGGAUAAUGUGCACAAAUACGCCUGUGAUGCUAAACAUAGCAUACGUCACAGCUGUAUUAAAGUAAUGCAUUCAUUCAUUUUCUAUACCCGCUUACUCCAGUUAAGGGUCAUGGGGCAGCUGGAGCCUAUUCCAGCAGUCAUAGGGGGAGAGGCUGGGUACACCCUGGAAGGCCACUAGUCAGGGCUAAAGUAAUGCAUUAAAGGUAAAAUCAUUUACAACAUGUGAUAAGUUACAUUACAUCAUCAGCACUUUUUAAAAACACUAUGCGAGUUCCUUUACGCUUUCUGAUGAUAUUGUCACGUAGGGAAAACCCUGUUGACUCAUGUUCUUUGAGCUUAUUGUAAUGAUACCGCAGAGAAAUGUAUCACUAACCUUUGAAAACCUCAGUCUAUGUUACACUAUUAUCCUAGUUGGACUUAUGACUGUGAUGUAGCUUAGGAUGAAUUUAAGUUGUUUUUGUUUCCCUUUGGUGGAAUUAAGUUUGUAACAACCCGUCUUACAUGUCCAACAUGGCACUGUGCUAUCAAUAAGUAUUGGUAUUGGAUAAACCACAUGGGACCUUACAAAGCUGUGUGUUGACAAAUGAAUUCAGAGAAAGUUUCUAUGAGUUUUUAUUUUUCCGUCUACUUUUGUUUGGAAAUAUGGAUUAUCCAAUCAAUUAAAUAAAAAUCUGUUGUUCACAGAA